GGAGCCCAAGCUGCCGACGGAUCGCAGCCCGCGGGGCCAGCCGCAACCAUGGGCAACCGUGGCAUGGAGGAUCUCAUCCCGCUGGUCAACCGGCUGCAGGAUGCCUUCUCCGCCAUCGGCCAGAACGCGGACCUCGACCUGCCGCAGAUCGCCGUGGUGGGCGGCCAGAGCGCCGGCAAGAGCUCGGUGCUCGAGAAUUUCGUAGGCAGGGACUUCCUGCCCCGAGGAUCUGGCAUUGUCACCCGACGCCCCCUGGUCCUGCAGCUGGUCAAUGCUACCACAGAAUAUGCCGAGUUCCUGCACUGCAAGGGGAAGAAAUUCACCGACUUCGAGGAGGUGCGCCUGGAGAUUGAGGCUGAGACCGACCGGGUGACUGGAACUAACAAGGGCAUCUCUCCGGUGCCCAUCAACCUCCGCGUCUACUCGCCGCACGUGCUGAACCUGACCUUAGUGGACCUGCCCGGAAUGACCAAGGUCCCAGUGGGGGACCAACCUCCCGACAUCGAGUUCCAGAUCCGGGACAUGCUUAUGCAGUUCGUCACCAAGGAGAAUUGCCUCAUCUUGGCCGUGUCCCCAGCCAACUCCGACCUGGCCAACUCUGAUGCCCUCAAGGUGGCCAAGGAGGUGGACCCCCAGGGUCAGCGCACCAUCGGGGUCAUCACUAAGCUGGACCUGAUGGACGAGGGCACAGAUGCCCGCGAUGUUCUGGAGAACAAGUUGCUCCCGCUGCGCAGAGGCUACAUUGGAGUGGUGAACCGGAGCCAGAAGGACAUCGAUGGUAAGAAAGAUAUCACGGCUGCCUUGGCUGCUGAACGCAAGUUCUUCCUCUCCCACCCUUCCUACCGCCACUUGGCUGACCGCAUGGGCACGCCCUACCUGCAGAAGGUCCUUAACCAGCAACUGACAAACCACAUCCGGGACACACUGCCGGGCCUGCGGAACAAGCUCCAGAGCCAGCUGCUGUCCAUUGAGAAGGAGGUGGAGGAGUACAAGAACUUCCGCCCUGAUGACCCAGCGCGCAAGACCAAGGCUCUGCUGCAGAUGGUCCAGCAAUUUGCUGUAGACUUUGAGAAGCGCAUCGAGGGCUCAGGGGACCAGAUCGACACCUAUGAACUGUCGGGGGGAGCCCGCAUCAACCGGAUCUUCCAUGAGCGCUUCCCCUUUGAGCUGGUCAAGAUGGAGUUUGACGAGAAGGAACUCCGAAGGGAGAUCAGCUAUGCCAUCAAGAAUAUACAUGGCAUUAGGACAGGCCUCUUCACACCUGACCUCGCUUUUGAAGCCACAGUGAAAAAGCAGGUGCAGAAGCUUAAAGAGCCCAGUAUCAAGUGUGUGGAUAUGGUAGUCAGUGAGCUCACGGCCACCAUCAGAAAGUGUAGCGAAAAG